UGGGCAAUCAUCGAGACAUAUCUGGAGGCGGUGCCAAAAGACAUGCGAAGUAUGCCAUAGGAGCGGCAUAAUCGAGUCCACCAACUACAUAGGAGCUUGUAUUGACACUUGACGUUAUGGUAGAUGAUGUCGACGAUAUGGAGAUGUCGCAUAGUCACGACAUCCAGGCCGAACUCGAUCAGGUGACUGGGAAAAUGAAAGAGAUACAAACAUUAGUCGAGACCAAGCGAACCAAUUUCAUGUUCCAGCGCGAACAGCUUGCAAAUGAAGCGGACAACCUCCACCGACUGCAAGUUGAGAAGGAAGAACUCAUCAAGAUUGGCCAAAACCUUGAAAACGAGCGAAAGACGGCCAUCGUCGCGGUCUUCGAGGCAGCGAAGCGUAAGCGACCACAAGUGAGAGAGCUCCCACUACGUUCACGGAUCAUACUGGAACUAUCUGUGGCCAUAGCGUAUGACUCGGUCAACAAAUGGUAGCAGCACGACGAACGGAUCUGACGACCAGGACUCAGGUAUUCCCGAGUAAGCACGUUUCCCCCAUUGGUCAGGAC